CGUGAAAAAAAACCGCGCGGACGUGGUAUGAUGUAGCCACGAGUGUUUGAAUCAUCGGGAUCGUGCGGGAUAAUCCAUCCGCGAAUCAACAUGGUGGAUCACGCGUUUCAAAUUAACGGAGAGGUUAAGUCUUCGUUUUUUCCACUUUUCGUGGAGAAGGUGCACCGUGACUAUAUUAAAUCGAAGGAUCCCGAGAAGGUUGUCACGUGCAAACAAACUGGCGACGUGUCGAUUUUCCUGAAUAAAGACCUCUGCUGUCGAUCGUCCAAUCGCAAUGCCAUUUUCAGUUGGAACUUUCAGAUUCUGGCGCGCGGUAAACAAUUGCGAAGAAUAGCACUAACCUUGGAUCAGAACCGCAGGAAUUUUGAGUUGAGAUCUGUUCUGAACAAUACCAGUGAGAUUGGAAUCACGGACGGUCAGGAAUGGAUCAAUGGGACAGGCUUGAAAGCACCGAAGAAAAAUGGAAAAGGGAACAAAGAAAUGCAUUAUUUUGUUAGAAUUGACUUUGUCGCUAAUGGAUACGGCACUUAUCGUCAAAAUGUAAUUUUCUAUUUUGGAGAGUAUCCUGUGUUGCUCCAGAGGAUCUGUAUGGAUUGUGUACCGAUGGAAGACUUCUGCAGGAUUCACGAAGCGACAAAUUAUCAGUUCUCUCAGAAUCCAAAAACAUGGAACAACGAGACAACGUCGAUUAGCUGGUUCAAAUCACCUUUUGUAGCACCCAAGGAUCCGAUGGAAGACAAGUUGUCUAUGAUAUAUCCGUAUCCAGACAGAAGCAACUUCUUCUUGACUCAAGAAUCUCUCACAGACGAUCAUUUAACACCACAAAAUUACAGAGGUCGUCUUCACGAAUUGAUCACCGUGGAAGAGCUAGCUAGACACGAACAGAUAGCCAGAUACAAUGAAAUCUCUUAUAUGCGUCUUCUUAGUAACUAUGUUUUGGCUUCUGCGGGUGAUGCAUCCACCGUUGCUAAAUAUGCACCACCUGGUGAGCUCUUUGCUCAGCUGCCGUUAAGCCGCAGUAUCUCGGAAGAUACGAAAAGCGGUAGACUGUUCCUGAGGGGUUGCAAUAAAGUACUCUUCAAGAGUCUAGCACAGAAAUCGAAUCGAAUAUUCGAGGCGCACAUAGAGGAUAAAUGCACGCAAACCGUAUACGUUAGGCUAUCGAAAGAGUGCGUCGACACGUUAAACUUGACGGCGAAUACGGAUCUGCAGGUGCAAGUGCAGUUCCUCCUGAACCGUUUGCCCUCUUGCGAGUGGCACAAGGCCGUGGACAGUCUGCCAGACGUGGAGCUAGUCUUUCUCAAUAAAAUGUACGCAAACAUGGACGAUAGCAGCAUUUUUACUCUGAUGGACGCGAUUAACGCCAAGUAUUCUCUGCUGAACUUGGAGCAGAAAAAGGCUCUGGCAAUUAUAACAGCUCCCAUGGAGAUUCCUAUGCCACCAAUUUUACUGCUUGGUCCUUUUGGAACGGGCAAAACGUUCACUAUAGCGCAAGCUCUUCGUAUCUUGCUGACCAGGGGUCCAGAAUCGAAAAUCUUACUUUGCACGCACAGCAACAGUGCGGCAGAUCUGUACGUGAAGAAUUUCUUCGACGUAUGGUAUAAAACCGAGAAGUGUCCACGGUUGAAGCCUAUCAGGGUCUACUACAAAGGUAGAGCGAAGAACACGGUACACCCAGUGGUCCAGGAGUACAGUCUCAUGAAGGAUAACGGCACUUUCCGCGAUCCAACCGAGGAAGACUUUCGAGACUGUGGUCUGAUCAUCACUACAUUAGCCACCUGUAGCUCUUUCACCUAUUUGAACCUCUCGUUCACGCACAUCGUGAUCGACGAGGCUGCUCAGACCUUAGAAUGCGAGGUUCUCAUACCACUGGCUCUCGCUACUAGACACACUCGCCUGGUUCUAGCUGGUGAUCAAAUGCAACUUGCACCAGAGGUCUACAGCGAUUUGGCAAACGAGCAAGGCUUAGGUGUCAGUAUACUCGAGAGGAUCUACGGGAUGUAUCCGCCGACGCAUCCGUGCAGGAUCCAUCUGCAUCAGAAUUAUCGUGCCCACGAGGACAUCAUCAGGUUCACGUCUGAAAUGUUUUACGACGGAGUCGUGAAACCCAGUAGCAAUCGAUUGGUAAAACAUCCGGUGUUAAAGCCCUUGACCUUUUACGCUGUUCAGGGCCAAGAAGUGCAGGACGCCCAUUCGACUGGCUACUCGCACAUGAACGAGGUGUUCGAGCUGGUGAACCGCGUGCAGGAUUUGCGGAACAACUGGCCAACUGAUCGUUGGGACACGUACGGCGAGGGAUCGAUCGGGGUCCUCUCCUAUUACGCGGAGCAGGUGCAGAGGAUACGAAUGGAGCUGCGGAAGCGCAAACUCUCGGACGUUUCGGUCGAACGGGUGCUGAACGUGCAGGGAAAGCAGUUCACCGCGGUGUUCAUCAGUACUGUACGCACCAGGCAUUGCUGCAGGUAUUCGGCGGAGAGGAACGUGAAGGACUAUGGCUUCUUGACAAAUCCAAGGCUUCUCAACACGGCGAUCACGCGUGCAAAGUGUCUGGUGGCUGUUGUCGGUGAUCCGGUCGCGCUCUUGACCAUCGGAUCAUGCAGAAAUUUGUGGCGAAGAUACCUGGAGAUCGCCGAUCUUCACGGGAUCGACAGAGAGACACUGGAACGUCAUCUGAACUUGGUAUCGUCGCUUCCGUUGACAGCACCGUUGAAUCCACUGGCGAGGGAGUUCGUUCCGAGGAAUAAUUUUUGUAUGAUCGAGUACGUGCCGAUCCCGAUGAUGUACCCGGUGUUUCAUUGCCCCUAUUACUGGACGUAGCGCAGAGCGAUAGUUGAUCCUGGGGUCGAACAGGAUCAUCGUUGAGCGUAAACGGGUUGUUU